ACGACUCCCUCGCUGCACUCACGCGGGAAUCCGGAGCGCGGUUUCCGGACUGCCAGGUCGCUGUGGGGACGUCACAGAGGCGCCAACAUCACAGGCGCCGGCAGCCCCUGGCAUCUCCAGUGUCCCCAACUCCCCAGCCAAACAGCGCACUGGAGGCGGAGGGGCAGCAGCCACCAGCCGGCUCCCCGCCUCCCAGACAGAGCUUCGGUCAGCAUGGGGGUAACAGGUGCCCACGGAUUUCCCUGCUGUGGUCAGAAGUCUGUGGAAACUGUGGAUAUCAGGGAUGACUUAAACCCAAACCAUUUCCAGUCCCAGAUGAUAAAAGAGGAAGAUGAGAUGGAGCUGGAGGCAGAAUUGCUAGAGCAGGAAUCUCCACCCAAAGUGAACCUGGACCCGGACCCAGACGCAGGCUCAUGCUCAUGCCCAGGCCCAGUCCCAGAUCUCGAGCUCGUGACUUUGCUGAAGUCAGAACUGCACCCAGCACUGAACCCAGAAGUUGAAGUGGAUAAGUGGAAGGUGAGUGAUGGCAACGAAGAUCCCAAGAAGCUGGAGUACAGGAUAGAGCCCGUCAACCCCUACACAGAGGGGCUGCCAUUGCUACAGAACUUCAGGCCCUGGAGUAUGAAUUCAAACACCAGCUACAUGAGUUCUCCAGAGGAGAGCCAGGUGUUCACUGAGCAUCGUUCCAUCCGCGUGCAGACCUCCAAGCACCUCUUCUGGGCAAACAAGCUCAUUCAGGCCUCAGAACACAGCCUGCAGAAAGAGACAAACAUAUAUGUCAAAAAGAAUGGUGGAGACAAGACCACCAGCCACCCAGGCCAGAAUUUCAUCCAUACCAACACCCUGAGCUCCAAGAAUCAGGUCCGGACCACCAGUGCCCACUCAGAUCAUCCAGCCACAGACUCCCAGGUGCCACCAAGCACUCACCUAUCCUCCUCCAAUCUUUCGCCGGCCAUUGGCCUGGCAGAGCUAAUCAACUUUGCGUCCUCCCUGGCCAUAGCCUCCUCCAGCAAGAUGAACUUGCCAAGUUUGGAGCACAUAAUCAAAGCUCAAUCCCAGAAGGCCGAAGAACCUUCUACAGAGCCCAUCCAGCCUUCUACAGAGCCUGUCCAGCCUUCUACAGAGCCUGUCCAGCCUGCUGCAGAUAAGCAAGAGCUGGGAAAGCAGGAGGAGACACCACCAGAGAAACCACCUGAAGAUGGAGACCCACAGAAAACCUGGAAUCAGGAAAAUAAGAAUCUCCCUCGCUCUUACCUUGACUUCAGCCAACCGGGGACCAAGAGGGCCACCAUUGAAGGAGAAGUGAAGCUUCUUCAGCCUCCAGCUAUAUCUCCCCAGCUGCAGGGAGCCAGGAAAGACUCAGUGCCGGGAACCAAGAAAGGGAAUCCAUUAUUGCUCAAAAUUCAUUUUAAGGUGUCAUCCCCCUCUUCCCCAGAGAAAUGACUAUACAAAACCAGUAAAGCCUCCAGUGCUGGCCCUCGGCUCAGACUUUUUGUGCAAGUACUCCUGGACCAGUUAGCUCACCUAGUUGCCGCGUCUUGAUCUCAAUUUUUUUAGGGAUGCCAACCCCAUUUUUUUAGGUGCCCCAGUCCUACCUCUUCAGAGAGGCACUUCCUGGCAAUCUAUCUCACUCCUGCCUACUCCCCAGGGGCAUUUCCCCUUCACUCCCACACAGCCAGACCGCCUAGCCCAGGAGAUUUGUGACUAGUCUAGGGGAGGCCUCUGUUCCCACACGUGAAAUGGGACUCCCUCUUGGUCUGAAGCCAGGGACAUGCUGGGAUCAUCUGAGGCAAUGGCCUCCUGGGGGUGGCACUAGGCAGGCAAGAAGGCAAGUCUGAGUGGGGUUCUACUACCUCUCUCCUUUGGGAAGGCCUAGCUUGGAGAAGGGAUGAUGUCCAGGCACUUGAAGGAGGGAAAAAAUGAAUCUGAAGAACUGGUCCUUCAGGAAACUGCAGCCUGGAGCUGGAGAUAUCCCAAAUGCAGAGGAGUGUCAUGUGUAAUGGUGCAAGUUCACAACCCAGUUAUGCACACUCACACACACGCACAGACACCACCAACUGCCCAAAAUAUCACACAUACAGUCACAUGACACAUCUGCACACACAAAGGAAACACUCCUUGCACAACCACACACAUGUGCCUGUGACACAGUCACAUGUGCAAAAGAUGCACACAAAUGCACUCGCACAUCUGGGGUUGGACCUUGGAGGCUCAGAGGAUGGACAGUGUGAGCAGGCUUCUGGCACAGCAGAGAUGGCAGCAAAGGAGGGAAGAAAAUUUGGGGUAGGGUAUGGGCACAGAUGUGGAUAGGGAAGCUGGGAGAAGAAGCCGUGGAGACCAUGCCAUGGCCUGGGCCCUAGUUGCCCCCGCUGCCCACUCUGGGCCUCAGCCUCCCUGCCGAGUGAAAGCUCUGCCUUGCAGACCUUCAACCUCCUGCCCGGCCUUGAGAGGAGCAGAGGAGGGAGGUGCCCAGGGCCUGGAGAGUGGGAUUCAGAAGGACUGAGCAGUUAAGAAUGGGCCAGACUUAAAUAAGGAGGGGAGCAGGAGGCUAGAAGGAGGGACAAUGGGGAGAUACAGAGGCGAGUGUCUUGUGAGGGGCUCAGCCAAAGUGUCCUUCGGCCCUCAGGGCUCAUCUUUCUAGAGUAUUUUUGUUUUGUCUUAAUAAACUACUUUUUUAGAGUAGAAAGUUCAGAGAGUUCCCAUAUACCCCCGUCCCCACUCACAAACUCCCCUACUAUGGAAACCCUGCACCAGAGGGGUACAUUUAUUACCACUGACAAACCCACACGGACACAUCAUCAUCACCCCAUGUCCAUAGUUUACAUUAGGUCUCAGUAUGGGUCAGGCAAAUAUAUAAUGACACAUGCCCCUCCACCAUCACACUAUCAUACAGAGUAGUUCCACUGCCCCAAAAUACCCCUGUGCUCUGCUUAUUCAUCCUCCCUCCCCUCACCCACUGGCAACCACUGAUCCUUUUACUGUCGCUACAGUUCUGCUUUUCCAGAAUGAGUUGGAAUCUUAUAAUAUGUAGCCUUUUCAGAUUGGCUUCUUUCACCUAGAAAUCCAGAUUUAAGUUUCCUCCAUGUCUCUUCAUGACUUGGCAGCUCAUUUCUUUUUAAUUCUGAGUAAUCGCCAUUGUCUGGGUGUACCACAGUUUGUUCAUCCGUUCACCUGUUGGAGGACUUCUUAGUUGUUUCCAAGUUUCGGCAAUUGUGAAUAAAGCUGCUAUAAACAUCUAUGUGCAGGUUUUUGUGUGGAUAUAAGUUUUCAAAUCAUUCAGGUAAAUACCAACAAGCGCAAUUGCUGGAUCCUAUAGUGAGGGUAUAUGUAGUUUUAUAAGAAAUUACCAAACUAUCUUCCAAAGUGGCUGUACCACCAGCAUUUCCACCAGCAAUACAUGAGAGUUCCUUUUGUUCCCUAUCUUCUCCAGCAGUUGGUGUUAUCAGUGUUUUGGAUUUUGGCAUACAAUUAGAGCAUAUGAUAUAUCAUUAUUUUUAUUUGUAAUU